AUGGCAGAACCACGCAUCGUCCAUGGCACGCCCUAUGUCACCGGCAUAGCCACCGCAACACUACUAGCAGCAAACCUCGAACUCAGCUUCUGGGGCGGCGUCGACGCACAAACAGGCGAGGUCAUAGACCGAUUCCACCCCCUGAGCGGGCGUUUUCUCAAAGAUACCAUCCUGGCCAUACCAGGAGGACGAGGAUCAUGCGGCGGCAGCGUUAUCAUGAUGGAGCUGAUCCUUAAUGGUCUCGGACCUAAGGCGUUGAUAUUCGAGCGUCGCGAGGAGAUUAUAACCCUGGGGGUUAUGGUUGCGGAGGAGCUUUUUGAUAAGACGGCGCCGGUUGUGACACUCAGUCCUGAGGGCUUUCGGGAGGUUUUGGGAUGGGAUGGGAGGACUGUUCAUGUCCAGGGUGGACGGGUCUCGGAUACUGCUGUCGAUGAUUCUUCGAACGGGGUUGCCAGUUUGUCCACUGGUCUAAGGCAGUCCCAUGUCCAACUUACCGAUGAAGACCGUGCGAUGCUAGACGGAGCAAACGGCGAAGCAGCGAGGAUCUCACUCAAGAUAAUCAUCCGGAUGGCGGACAUGAUGGAUGCGACAGAACUGAUGGACGUCAGCCAAGCGCAUGCAGACGGCGCCUGGUAUGGUCCGGGAUCAGUGGCAUUUGGACAGAGGCUGCGAAACUGGGGAGGCAGAUUCCAGGUUCCCACUACGAUAAAUUCUCUGAAUGUUGACCAGAAACGCUGGAGAGCGCUCGGGAUCAAUUCGGCCUUUGGCUCUGCGUGUGACGACCUGGCAAAAGCGUUUAUCGAUAUGGGUGGGAAGAUUUCAUUUACGUGUGCCCCGUAUCUGCUUGAAACAGCGCCGAAGCUAGGCGAUUCAAUUGCGUGGGGGGAGUCCAAUGCAGUGAUUUAUGCGAACAGCGUGCUUGGUGCAAGGACACUGAAGAACCCGAACAUGCUCGAAGCCCUGAUUGCCCUGACCGGUCGAGCUCCCAAGGCUGGGGCGUACAUUGAUGAGAAUCGACUUGCCUCGAUAUGGGUGAGAGUCAUUCCACCGAAGGGCGCAGAAGACGACUCCUUCUGGCCUAUUCUAGGUUAUGCUCUAGGUGCCAUUGCAAAUGCCCGCAUUCCGGUGAUAUUUGGACUGGAACAUAUGAAGCCUAGGAAGGACGACUUUAAGGCAUUCUCUGCUGCAUUUGCUACGUCGUCCAGUGCCCCUAUGUUCCACAUGGUCGGUUUGACCCCGGAAGCCCCGACUCUAGAGGCUGUACUGCGUCCAGAUGUAAAUCCAGAAGCCAUUGAUGUAGACUGGAAGGACCUCGAUGCGAUCUGGGAGGAGUUCAACCACGGUUCAGAAUCCAGAGAAAUCGACCUCGUCUCAUUCGGGAACCCGCACUUUUCCUUCCAAGAAAUUAGAGCAGUGGCUCAGCUAUUCCAGGGAAGAACCAAAAAAGACGAUGUCGCUGUUAUAGUCACCUGUGGUCGCGCCCAGUAUGGCCUUGCCUCGCAGGCUGGUUAUGUAGGCGAGUUGGAAAAGUUCGGUGUCCAAUUCCUCCAAGAUACCUGCUGGUGCUCGAUUGAGGAGCCGGUUAUUCCGAGGAAUACGAAGACCAUCAUGACGAACUCUGGCAAAUAUAUCCACUACGGGCCCGGGCUUACAGGGCGGCAAUUUGCGUUUGGGAGUUUGGCCAUGUGUGUCGAUGCUGCGUGUAAUGGGAAGACGACGGGGGAUCCUCCAUCUUGGCUGCUGGAAGCUAGGUCUACUCACUGA